AUAAAUGUACACAUGCGUCCAAAAAACGGAUGCAUACAUACAUAUAUUUAUACCCUUCUACUUAUAGGAAUGCUAUCCUAAAAAAAUGUGUUUUCAAAAAAUGUUUAAAAGUGGACACAGAGUUAGAUGAUCGAAUCUCUAUAGGAGGUGCAUUCUAGAGUUUAUGAUAAGGAUAAAGAUACAUUGUAUCUCCGCGUGGCCGCACUUGUACAGCUGGUGGGAGUGUCCGCGAGGAGGGGAGAGCCGCUCCACUCGGGGCUCGCGCUCAGAAUGUUUUCAUUCUGACAACUUAAAGGGUCGCAAGAGCAGAACGUUGACGAGCGAACGUUGACACGAGGAAGAAGAAGCCAUUUAAUUUGUUUUAUCUCGUUUCCUCGUGCUGUACUUCAUUACACGGUGUAAUGUCAGUCCGUGUGGCCGCUGUGGUGCUCCUGUGCUCGGUGUUGUCGGUGUUGUCGGUGACUGGAGCCCGCAGGAGUUCACCGGAGCAGGAGGAUGUUCAGGAGAAGAUCAUCAGCGCCAGAUGCUCGUCCAGGUGUCUCACUCUGCACAUGACCCAGCUCACUGCUGCCUUCAGACACCUCCAGAGUGACCAAGUUCUGGUUUGGUGUGAAAACCACAGACGCUGUGCGCAGUGUCUUCAGCCAUGCAAAGAACUGUGGGAAACCAGGAAAGUGCUUUCUCCAAAGUCCUGUGAGAAGCAGACAGAGUGUGUGACGAGCAGGGAGUUUCUGACCUCUCUGAGGUCAUCUCGCCAGGGGGACUGCCCUCCACCUCAGCGAGCCACCGGAUUCGCUGCAGCCUGCGUGGAGAGCUGCUCGUCAGACCAGCAUUGUCCCUCCCCCAGGAAAUGCUGUUCCAAUGGCUGUGGACACACUUGCCAAGCCGCCGCCAAUCUAUAUAAAGGUGUUCCUCUGAAGCCUCGCAGAGAGAUGAGCUUUGCAGAAGACUCUGAGGGUCAGAUGAAGGUGGUGUGGGUGUCAAAGUUCAACGUCAGCGUGGAGCCGGUGGUUUACAUGCUCCAGUCCCGCUGGAACGUCGGGAUUCAUCCAAGUGAAGACCACGCCUCUCCAUGGACUACUGUUGCCAUGACCCUUUCUGAAGAUGUGGUUCUGUCAGAUUUGAGACCUCAGCGCUGGUAUCAGUUCAGAGUAGCAGCCAUCAACAGCCACGGCAGCAGAGGCUUCACCACACCCAGCAAACACUACAUCUCCAGUAAAGACCCGUCACCUCCAGAACCUCCAAUAAAUGUCAGAGUGAGCAACCAAACUCUAGACUGGACGGGUUCACAACCAGCGACCCAGCUCACAGAAAGGUCGGGGGGCAGUGGGGUCACGGUGGCGGUCUUAUUACGCUGGGAGCCCCCCAGAGAGGGAGACCUGCCAGUCCACAACUACAGAGUCACCUGGAUGUCUCGACAUGCACACACUGCACACAAACACACGCUGCAUUCACACACACAUACAGUGCAUAAUAACAUGCACACGCGUCAUACACACUCGCGCACACCAGACCAGGGUAAAAAGGAGAGCAACAGCAGAGUGACUCAAGGGGCGCAGUGUGAGCUGUGGCUGCAGGGUCUGCUGCCUGCUACUUCCUACUUCCUGUCUGUCCAGACGGUGGCCUACUGGGGUCAGAAGAGGCUGAAAAGUCCCAGAGCCCAAACUGUCUUCACAACAAUAACUCAUUCAGGUGAAGACUUCUCCAAUGAGCUCCCCUCUUCUUCAUCCUCAUCAUCUCUUCCCUCCUCUCCUUCCCUCUCAUCCUCCUCCCCCUCUUCCUCUGACCUCCCCCUCUCCUCCUCUCUGCCUCACCCUGAAUCCCCCCUUAACCCUGUCGCCUCUGGCAACCUGCGCCUCGAGGUCGCUGCCCCUCAUUACCAUGACGACCAGCUGCAGGUCAAGGUGUUCUGGAAGUUGCCUCAUCACGGCAGGCAGAGACACCCUGGUCCGUACAUUUUGCGGUGGCGUCCACAUACCUGCAGUACUAAUGUUACGAGCACAGAGAGAACAACAACUGUGCAGGGCACCCAUCACACCAUCACAGGCCUAUUGUUCGCCUGUAAGUACCGGGUCGCCGUGGCAAUGAAGGCUGACCCGGGGUCAGAGGCUGUUGCCUGGGUUACGACCCCAACUUGCUCCUCCAUCAGGGUCAGAGGAGGCAAAGCUUUGCCCUGCCACACUGAGGAGCGCCUCCUGGCAGGCAGAAAGGUGGUACUGCGUCCAGAAAGACUGACUGCAGACUUUCAACAAGUCAAUGGCACCCUGCUCACCGUGCUUCGCUGGAGGAUGUCCCAGCAUGCAUUGGACUCGGCAGCUGUGGAGGGUUUUCAAUUCACCUGGACGCUGCAAUCAGGGGUUACCACGCCAACAGAAGGGCAGGAAGACACACUUAUCUCCCAGACGCAGACAAUCGCACCGUCUCAGCGGUCGGUGUCAGUUCAUGGUCUCCAGGUCGACAGUGUUUACCAGCUGCAGCUCCAGGUGCUAACAGCAGGCGGCAGCAACGGCACCACAGUGUCCAAGACCAUACAUACUCCAACUAUCAACGCUACACUUUGAUAGGCCCAAACCCCACAGCUGUCAACGUCUGCUUCACCAAGCUCAUCUUCACCAAUGUCCGCUUCUACCAACGUACUUUCAUUGCAGUUCACCGUUCAGUGCAACCUGACCAAAGUUCCUCUGUUUAAAGUAGACCACUCUCUCAUAUCAACACUUUAAUCACUUUUCAAAUAUCAGGAAGGUUGUGAACUCGCUCUCAAAGAAAAAAACAUUAAUCUUAUCAAUCAUUAAUCUGUCAGCUGAUCCAAAAGGUUAUGGCCUAAGUCAGUAGGUUUUGUACAAAUUGUAAAAAAAUAACUGUACAUGGUGCCAGUUUAAAAAGCAUUAAGUACUUACGGUUAGUCUAGAGACGCGUAUCGUUAAACCAUUUUUUUUUUUUUAUUUUGUAUUAAAAUGCAGGGUGUGUAUGUGAAAAGUGAGACUCCUUGCAUGGCUGCAUCUAUGUUUGGUGUUUAGAUGGGACCAAUCAGGUCAUUUCUAAUCACUGGAGCCAAAUGACACUUGUAAAGAGACUUAUAAUGCCUGUUGUUUUUGAUCAUGCAAGUAGAGAACAAUAUAGCACUGACCUUAUGUACAAAUAGAAAUGUUUAGCAACAGACUGACUGUGUUUAUUUCAAUGCAUAAUCUGCUGCGUUAUCUUUGAAGCCAGUGGUCUGAGUUGCUGAAGCCUUGAAUUAAGCUCAAAUAUAUUUGAAUAUUUUGUUCAUAUGUUUAAAAAAAAAAGCUAAUUUUUCACUAAAAUCUGUCUGAAUUCAUUUGUUUGAUACAUCUUAGGCCUUGUGCAGCAUUACUUUGCAUUAUGCUACAUCCAUUUCACUAAAUAAUAAUAUGUGACAUUUGUACACAGUUAAUAUAGCUAUACCUGUGGUAAAUAUCAUCAGUCAUGGCAUUACUUUGAAAAGGUUGAAAACUACUGGUGUCAAGCGAUCAGUAAUUAUCAUGUUAAUAUUCUCUCUAUGUAACCUUUUUUAUACAUUUUACUGUUGAUAAUUUUGUACUUAAUUUCUUUACUUUUUGACAGUUUUAUUUAUUGUUUUCCUGUCUUAGUUUUUUUGUAAUUAAAGAAUAUCAAG